CUGCUUUUCAAUCCAGUCCCGUUCUCACAGAGUCUUGGACAGAGAUGAUGAUGAAGAUGUCACUGUGGCUUCUGUUGCUUGGUUUUGUUGUGACCUUCACUGCUGCAGCUGGACCAGGCAGCUGUGUGGGUCGUUGUGGUGAGAUUUUCACCAGAGGCAAGCAGUGCACCUGUGACUUGAACUGCCUGCAAUAUAAUGAAUGCUGCAAAGACUUUCAGGCUACUUGCACCCCUGUUCUGUCCUGUCAGGGUCGCUGUGGUGAGACAUUCAGGCGUGGUCGGAUGUGUGAGUGUGAUCCACAGUGUGUCCGCUACAAUACCUGUUGCCAUGACUACCAGAUGCAAUGCGAUGCCAGUGCGUUAGCCUCUCAUCUCCGGAGUGUGCAGCCUCUGAGGGCCAUAGUUGCAGGAAAUCGGAAGGCAAAGAAGAACAAAAAGAAGUCCAGUGAGAGUGAGGAAUGGUCCACAGGUGGAUUAGGACCCCUCAACCCCCUGUCUGCCUCCUCUGGCCCCACCCCUCCCAGCAUACUAACCAAUCCACUCCAAUAUGGUAUGAGUAAUACCUACAGCCCUUUUGGUCAGCUGCCGACGUCCAUCUCCUCCUCUUACAGUGGGGCUCCAGACUCCCCUGCAUUUGGCUCCUCUCUGCCCAGCCGCGGUGCUCUGUCUUGGGGCCUCGGUGCUCCUGUGAGCCCCUCUGGUCCUGGAGCUGUUAAUGUCCACCAAGUGCCGUUACAUGGGGAAGUUACUCUGUCAGGAACAAGUCAAGAUCUCAGUGGCCCUGCAGGCUCCAUGCCCAGAGCCAGCACCCUGCAGGACAUAGCCCAGGCCUUGGGACCCUCUGCAGUGGAAGGAGGCACUGAGGGACCAGGAGCAGGACUGUUUGUUGAUGUUGACCUUUGCAGUGACUCCCUCAUUAAUGGACUGACAGCUCUCAUCAAUGGGUCCAUCCUGAUAUUUAAAGGCGAGCUGUUCUGGUUAGUUGACCCCGUCAGUCGCUCAGCUAGUCGUCCACAGAGCAUCACAGACACUCUGGGUAUCUCCUCACCCAUCGACACUGUGUUCACACGCAGCAACUGCCAUGGACAAACCUACAUUAUCAAGGGAGACCAGUACUGGCGUCUAGACAGGAACAUGAUGAUGGAGCCGGGCUUCCCCAAACCUCUGGCCUCAGAAUUCCCAGGUCUGAUGGGACCCAUCACUGCUGCACUGGCAGUACCAGCCACCAAGAACAAACCGGAGACCAUUUUCUUCUUUAAGAAUGGAGACAUCAUGCAGAAGUUCACCUUCCCAUCAGGCAGCACUCCCCCCUGCAACCAGAAAGCUAAGAGCUCACAGAGGGGUCACCGGGCUGCUGUGGGUCUUCUAAGUGCAAAGAUCAACCUCAAAGUGUCUCUGAAGGGAUUCCCCACCCCGGUCACAUCUGCUCUGUCCAUGCCCAGCCCCCAGAGGAGUGACGUAUAUCACCACUAUGUCUUCUCUGGACCUCUGUUCUUCAGAAUCCAGAUAUCAGGUGACCUGCCGGUGCUGGCCAAACCUGACCCAUCUGCAGUCUUUGCACCUCUACCCAUCCUCAGACCUAUUGCUGCGGCAACCGACACUGCCAACAUGGCCCCUCAGAAUGCUGACCCUCCGCAGCCGGCCAACUCCAUCAGAGUGUGGCUGCAAUGUCCCUAGAAGAAACCCUGAAGAAGAGAUAAGAGGCUCUGUCCUGGCGUUACCUGCUUCAGCACAACCAACUCUAUUUAACUUGUCAGCUAGACCAUUUGUGACAGUUCACUAUUUUUUUCUCUUACAUUCAUAUCAUUGUCAGUCAGGUCUCACCCACCAAUUUUAGAAAUGUCUCCACUCUGCCCCAACUCCACAUUCUGUUUGACCUUCAAUUAUGUCCAAAUAAGGAAGCAAGAUACAAUGAAAGUCCCCUGUGCCCCCACCAUGGUUAUGAAACAACACAUGACAUCACUGCUACUCAUUAUUCGACUUUAUUAUUAAAACAAGUGUAUUAACAGCCCGAUGACAGAGCAAUAAAGACACCAACAAAACCAGUACUGCUCUCAUGAACACAUGGGAAACAAAAAUUAUAAAACACAACUAAAAACUCACUGGAUCUGAGGCCAAAUCACACAAAACAAAGUGACCAAACACAUCUCAGAGUAAAGAUCACACACAUACAAAGCUCUCAUAUCUAUCCUGUAGUAGUGGGAUUAUUGAUUCUAAUUGGAUAGCAAAUCUAUGGAUAUGAGUGUCUUCAAAUGCAACAAAAAAUAAUU